GAAAUUGUGCAUCGCGCGCUGCCGCUACUGCGACUCUAUCGAUUGCAGCAGGACAGCAGGUUCGUAUUCGUUUACGUAUAGUAGCGGGCGUAAAUCCUCCGCGUUCGCCGCCGUGAAAAACAUCUGAAACGAUCAUAACAGCGUUUCCUGCGGGAUGUAAAAUACUUUCAGUGUGCCGGGUGUAUUAAACAUGACGACGGAGGGCGAGAAAAACGAACAAUUGACGCCUCAGACGCCGGUUUUAAGCGUGGCCUGCAGGAUUUUGAGAUCUCCGAGUCAUGAGAGUGUUACCACCGACUUGUCCUUAUUUUCGGUGUCCUCAGCCGCCUCCGAUGUCCACGGGGGUAGGAGGUUGCUUAAUUUUCACAAGUGCGACGGACAGUUCGUAAGGGGCCAUAGCCCUAAUCCUGACAACAGGAACCAGAGUAGGCCUGCAGAUAUACCAGAAAUUUUAUGGUUUGAAGAAGAGACUGAAUUAAUCCGUAGUUGUGCAGCCUUAUCAUCCGCCGUUGGUCUUCAAAAAAGUUUCAGCACGUCAGAUAUUAGCCAGUUACCGUCACCUGAAGAGGGACCCACUCUUCCAGGACUUAGAAAUGCCGUAUCUGAGUUAGCCCUUAAUUCAUUGCAAAGAUCAGGAUUUAUUUUGGAGAAUGCAAGAUUGGACCAAACUUCCAGGUCUUGCUCAACAUGGGUCGCUGUUGGUGAUAUAGCUUCAACUUCUCAAUUGCCUUCUCCACAUGGUGGUCAAUCAAAUUCAAACACUCAGCAACCUACCAGUACUCCGCCUCCACCUGUUUUUACUGCUGCUGACUUUAUACGAUCUGUGAAUAAAAAGGUCCGUCAAAACUACAUUAGACGUCGCUUACUAACUACCUACAAGGCCAUAGAAAGGCUUUCCCAAAGCGAGUUCAACUUGGAUAGAUUAGAAGUAACCCCUUCAACAGCAACGGCAAGCCUAGGUUCCGAAUCUUCGCCUAUCAAUUCACAAGCAGCUCCGUCCCGUCUGACAGUUCCAGGUUCUAGUCCCACGCCCAGCAAGAGUCCGACGACUUCCAACAGUACAAACGCGGCCAUGUUAAGAGUAGCUAAGCAGAGAGCCGGGAAAAAUUUGCCUUUAACCAUUAGAGACGUUGAACGGGAAAGAGGAAAGCCGUUAUCGAAGUACGAGAGGAACAUGAUGAUCUUUAACUGGCUCCAUACUUUAGACGAUACCGCUUACGUGGAGGGCAUCCAGUAAUUUUUUACCAAGAGUCAGUCAUCGGUAAAAAUUUGACAUAUUUAAGAAAAUAUUAUUUGCCGCUGAAGCUUUGUUUAAGCGAGAAUAUGAUGAGUUAGAACAAAUGAUUGUGAAUGUCUUUGAAUGGAAUUUUUGAACGAUAAGACCGCAGAUAUUCAGAACCGUAUAUGAAUAAUGCAGAACUGUCAAAAUAUAUGUUGUUAAAAGAAAAUAUUAUUAUUAUAUUUGUGUUAAAUGUUAUCAAUGUUAUCUGUAAAAUGUGUGCCUCUCAAUUUAAUAGUCAUCUAUGUGAAUUAUCUAUUAUAAUUGAUCAAUAAUUGUUACGCCUAAUGUUAAAAUGUGUUCAAAAAGAAAAGAAAAGACACAAAAUAAAUGAAUAAAUUCAUAGACCAGUGCUUUUAGAAAAAAAUAAAUCGAUUUUUAAAUACAUCACUUGCCGAUAAUGAUAGGUGAUGCAAGUAUUAAAUUCAACUUUUUGGAUUGUGUUAGAUAUGACGCGACGUCAAAAAAAAUAUCUACAAUAGUCAAAUGGGUGGAAAAGCAUCCAAAAUGCAUCCAAAAAUGCAUGCAUUUUUUGUGGCCAUAACGAAUUUUAUGAAAACAUGUCAAGAUCGGUAUAUUAAGAGCCACAUUUUGUUACCCGGGGGUUUUUGAGGUCGCCAACACUGUAGCACAUGAUGUUCAGGAUUACUGCUAAGUCACGUCAUCUUCUGGAGUUUUGAAGGUUAAACAAAACUGGGGAUAACACACAACCCUGUUUGACAACUCUUUGAAUGCAAAUUUUGUUUGUUUAUUUGCCGUCUACCAGAGUAGAAGAUUCUUGAUUUCAAUAUAGAUGUUGUAAUAGUCUCAGAUCUUCAUCAUCUAUUCCAAUCAUUUCUAGAUUUUGAAACAGCAUAUCAUGUUGAACGCUAUCGAACGCCUUCUCAAAAUCUAUAAAGCAGAGGUAAAUUGGUUUCUGAACUUCCCUUGAUCAUUGAAUCAAUCCUUCUCUGAAACCGAAUUGUUUGUUUCCCAUUGUCUCUAAGACAUGGAUCCAAUCCCAGAAGAUGGAUUGGAUUUAUCCAAGAAAUCCAAUAUAUGGAUAUUGGAUUUCUUUAGAAUAUUUCCUGUAGGGUCACUUAAAAAACAUAGUUUAUAAAACAAAACCUGCCAAUAUUCAGGAAUUAAUAUACAGGAUGUCCCGAAAAAUUGGUCAUAAAUUAUACCAUAAAUUCUGGGGUCAAAAAUAGGUUGAUUCAACCUCACUUACCCAUAUACAAUAGUGCACACAAAAAAAGUUACAACCCUUUGAAGUUACAAAAUGAAAAUCGAUUUUUUUUUCAUAUAUCGAAAACUCUUAGUGAUAUUUUAUUGAAAAUGAACAUGUGGAAUUAUUAUGGCAGCAGCAUCUUAAAAAAAGAUUAAAGUGAAAUUUGAGCACCUCAUAAAAAUUUUAUGGGGGUUUUGUUCCCUUAAACCCCCCCAAACUUUUGUGUACGUUCCAAUUAAAUUAUUAUUGUAGCACCAUUAGUUAAACCCAAUGUUUCUAAAACUUUUUUGCCUCUCAGUACUUUUUCGAUAAGCCAGUGUUUAUCGAGAUAUUUUAAAUAAUUUUCGAAUACACCACAUAUUUGUAUAUAUGGUUGUACGGUUAUAGAGACCUGUUGAUAAUCUGAAAAUUUAUUUAUAAUUUACAUUUUUAGGUAUAUUUUGAAAAAUAAGCCACAUCUCGAUAAAAGGUGACUUAUCAAAAAAAGACUAAUAGGCAAAAAAGUUUUAAAAACACUGUGUUUAACUAAUUGUACCACAACAAUAGUUUAAUUGGAACGUGCACAAACACUUGGGGGGUUUAAAGGAACAAAACCAACAUACAAUUUUUAUGUAAAUAUAUUAAAAAAGAAGCCGCAUCUCGAUAACAACUCGCUUAUCGAAAAAAUACUAAGAGGCAAAGAAGUUAUAAAAAUGUUGUGUUUAACUAAUGGUACUACAAUAAUGAAUUAAUUGGAACGUAGACACUAGUUUGGGGUAUAAGGGAACAAAACCCCCAUAAAAUUUUUAUGGUGUUGACAAAUCUCACUAGGAUUUUGUUUUAAGAUGUUCUUGCCAUAAUAAUGGUACAUGCCCAGUUUCAAUAAAAAAUCUCUAAUAGUUUUCGAUAUAUUAAAAAAAAUGGAUUUUCAUUUUGUAACUUCAAAGAGCUGUAACUUUUUUAUGAGCACAUUUGUACUAAGGUAAGUUAGGUUCAAUCGAACUCUUUUUGACUCUAGAAUGUGUGGUAUAAUUUAUGACCAAUCUUUUCGGGACACUCUGUAUAUGUAAUUACCACAGAGAUAAGAAGAAUUGAGUAGUCGUGGAUGUUGCAAAAUGUAUUGCAAAGUUUUAAAAAUUGCAUAGUUUGUCUUCUGCGCCACGAUUUGGUUAAAUUUUUAUUAUGAGUACUAUAUUUCAUAAAUAUUACAAUAAUUCGGAGAGUUUUCUCGUUUAUUAGUGUACUUUUGAGCAUGUCAAUUAGUAUUUGGUGCUAUACAUUGUCGAAUACAUUGUGAUAGUCGAUAAAAUCAAACGUACGUCCACGUAUUCGUCCUUACAUCAUUGGAACAAAACAUUCAUAGUUCAUACAUAAAAUAGCACGGUAUGAUAAAAAAGUCUCUCCCAUCCAUUGACAUUCAAUAUCCGUAGACAUUCAAUUUCUACUUACUGCAUUAUUUUUUUAAUAAAAUCUCGGGGUUUAAAAAAACCCUGAAAAAGGGGUUUUUCAGGGUUGAUAGGUUUGAGAUCCCCAUAUUUUUGGUCUUUUCUUUGUUGAUAAUAUAAUUAUUAUACAGCUAUGUCUAUGAAAAUAAACAGAUUUGAAAUCGGAAAGUUUAUACUACUACACCACUUAUAUCAAUUAAAAUUUUGAUAUAAAAUUUUCAAAUAUUACUUUUUUUGAAAAAAACGGCAAAUAUCAAUUAUAAAAUUUAUUUUUUUAUCAAAUCAAUUGGGGCUUAAUCCCAUAAUAAUAUUUAACUUAGCCAUGCAACAAGAAAACAGUUUCAGACCCUUUUCAUGUCUGCGUCUGUCAGUUUUUUUUCCAAACCAUAAUUCAGACAAUUUAACUGUUUGUUUAAUUUUCUUCGUUUAUGUUUAAAUUGUUAAUUUAUACAAAAUAUUUGUAAAAUUUUAGACAAAAUCUAAAAAUAUAAUAAUCUAUAAUAUGUUCUCUUAACUGGUUGUAAAUAUUUUAUGAAUAUAUGUGUAGAUCAGCUAAUGCAGAACUGCAAAUUUUCAAAUUUCAAAUCUCGUUAUUUUCACAAAUAAGUUUUUAGUCUUUGGGCCCACCAUUUAAAACAAAUAUUACUUCCCUCAUGAGACAUUUUUAUUUAGUAUUUCAUGACGAGUCGGACAACUUUUCCAUUUCGGAAAAUUUUCGGGAGGAGGGAGUUUCGUAAAUAUAGAUGUUUCUAAACAUUGGCGCGUUCGAAAAUUGGGGUACCCUUAAAAUUUGAUAGAUAAUAUUACCAGUAAAUUGUAAGUAUUUUUAUCAAACAGUCAUGCAAAAAAUCAUCAUUUAUGACUCCAUAGGGGGGAGGGGCGCACGCAUCAUGAAGAGGCAUAAAAUUUAUACCCUCACAUGAUUUUUGCAAGAUUGUUUGAUAAAAAUAUUUGCAAUUAACUGGUAAUAUUGUCCGACCAAUUUUUAAGGGUGAUCCUGUUGUUGGGCGCACCAAAGUUUAGAAACCUCUAUAUUUACGAAACGCCCCCCACCCGAAAAUUUUCCGAAAAAAGAGGUUGUCCGACUCGAUAUGAAUAACUGAAUAAAAAAAUCUCAUGAGGGAUGUUAUAAUUUUUUUUAAUGGUGGGCCCAUGACCAAUUAAUAUAAGAUCUACGUGAACCAUUCUGUAUAGGUAGGUACCAUUUAAUAUAUAUACACAUAAAUGUUAUAAAUAUGACAGAUUCAACCAAAACUAACAGUAUCUGCUUUAUUCAUAGAAAGCACAAUAUUACCCUUUUCUAAUUCCGACGCUGCAAAAGAAGAUUAUUCCAAUCUUAUAAAAUAGAAAUUCAAUGAGUCUGAAUGUCUGUGUUAAAAACUUUUUGAUAUAAUUUUGCUUAUCUGUUAUAUAAUUUAAAUUGUUAAAUGUAGAUACACUUGAAAAUAAUUUAAACUUACCUCUAAAAAUUGAGAAGGCAAAGAAUAAAUUGGCACUCAAGUUACGUUCAAAAAUUAGUAAAACAUAGAUAGGUAUAAAUUUAUUCAAGACUGUAAGUUAUACUUCUUUAUUCACAGCUAAAACGACCAAUUUAUUUAAUGUAUAGAAGAUGUCUUAGAGUCUCUUUGAAACAAUAGUAUUAAAUUUAUAUUAAUCUGUAAUUAUCAUUUAUAAUCUGGUUAAAGUUUCGAAUACUAGUGAAACUGGCUACCCAAUCAAAAUACAAAUUAUCAACAGCGUCAAUGUAUUAAAACUUUCAAGAACUCAGGAACAGUGCACAGAUUCUAAACAUGCCGGUGGGGGAUAAUUUCUAUGCGCUGUAUUAUAGUCGGUGUAUGACGGAAAAAAUAUUCGAAAUAAAGAAAUAACAAAUAAUAGAAAAAUCUGUUAUUUCAUUAUUUAGAAAACUGUUUCUCUCAUACACAGACUAUAAUACAGCGCAUAAAAGCCAUCCCCCACCUGCAGGUUAAAAUCUGUGCACUGUGUGUGCUGGUAUUUGAAAAACAGAAUCAUCAUUUCUCAGAACAAAAUUUUGUCUUAUCUCCAAUUGUCAUUUCAGUUUAUGGUGCCUAUCCGUUACGAAUGUUGGACACUAACAUGGCUACUUUGACUUUAUUGACUGCUGCCUUAAAUUGAUCACGGUAGUGAUCAAAUUAAACCAUUUUCGUAGGUCAUGCAACAAGCAUAUUCUACAAACUAAGUUCUCAAUCCAGUAAUACAGAACACGACAAUAAAUAUCGUUCUCAUACCACUAGACUACUAGACUGACAACAGAUGGAAACUCUCUGGUUACUACCUCCGCGACUUUCAAAAAUUAUAAGCCAUACGGGUGCCGAUACGAACAUUAAGAUGAGGGAAUUUUAAAUAAUUUACGUCCCAUCUGCUCAGCGUGGUAAAGUUCCAACGAGAAGGUUUCCUAAGUACUCCAUAAAUUAAUUAAAAAUGUAUAAACAUUUUCAAUUUCCUUGCAACCUGAAAAUGCAGCAGCAUUAUACUCUAGUUAAAUCGGAGAGUGCAGGAACAGUCGAUGCCGGUUUCGGGGCUUUUUUGCCUCUAGUCAGUAGUCCCAUAUCCUCUUGAGGAUAUCCCUCUACUGAUGACGGGCAAAAAAGAUCCGAAACCGGUAUAACUCUUCCUGCACUCUCCGAUUUAACUGGAGUAUAAUGCUGCUGCAUUUUCAGAUUGCAAAGAAAUUGAAAAUGUUUAUACAUUUUUAAGCAUAUUACUCUUUUUCCUUACCUUAAACUAUGGUGCGAAGUAGGUCUUACCGUUAUUUAUUACGCAUUAUAUCGCCUAGGAUUCCAGUUUGCGAAGUUUUAUGGCCAUGGCUAGUUCGCCCAUUAUCAUCAUCAUCAUCAUCAUGCAACCUCUUCUGUCCACUGCUGGACAUAGGUCUCUCCCAUUCUUCACCACUCUUUACAGUUCUGUGCUUCUUGUUGCCAUUUCUUGGAUAUUCGGUUAAUGUCUUCCAUCCAGCGUGUUGGUGGUCGUCCUCUGCUGCGUUUGUCUUCUCUUGGGCGCCAGUCAAUUAGUUUUCUGGUCCAUCUUGAGUCUUUCAGUCGCGCUAUGUGACCUGCCCAAUUCCAUUUCAGCUUGGCUAUACGUUCAACGACAUCAGUGAUAUUAUCUGUUCUUUUCCUUAAGUUUUGGUUCCUUAUUUUGUCUUUUUUUUCACGCCGAGAAUCGAUCUUUCCAUACGCCUUUGCGCCACUCGCAUUUUUAGUGCUGUUGUUUUUGUGGGCGUGAGAGUUUCUAUUCCGUAUGUCAUAAUAGGAAGAACGCAUUGGUCAAAUGUCUUCCGUUUCAUAGCUGUCGGGAUGUUGCUCUUAAAGAUGUCUCUUAGUGAACCAUAUGCCGCCCAAGCAAGUCUGAUUGUCCUUGCCUAUUCUGAUUUCAUGACCGAGAUAUAUUGUACUUUUCUGUCAAUUCUACCACUUGAUUUUGGAUGGAUAGGUGUUCGCUGGGAACUAAAUUUGUCAUAAAUUUGGUCUUGGUGAUGUUCAUUUUUAGACCUAUUGUUGAAGAUACAUUUUCUAAUUCUAGUAGCAUUUGUUGUGCUUCACCCAGAUCUUCGGUAAUAAGUACUAUAUCGUCGGCAAAACGCAGAUGAUUGAGCAUUUCUCCAUCUAUUUUUAUUCCUCUAUUUUCCCACUUUAGCAUUUUAAAGGCUUAUUCGAGGACCGCUAUAAAUAAUUUAGGUGAGAGAGUGUCGCCCUGUCUCACACCCCGCUUGAUAUAAAUUUCUCUGGUAGUAUCAUGCAGUUUUACACGCAUUGUGGCGUUUUGGUAUAAUGUUUGCACUAACUUUGUAAACCGGUAAUCUAUUCUACUAUUGUUUAGAGCAGUUAUAAUGCUGUCUAAUUCCACAGUGUCGAAGGCUUUGUGAAAGUCUACGAAGAUAUGUACCAGUGGUCUGUUCCGUUCGCCCAUUAUGUGCAGAACUUAUUCGUUGGUAGUUUUUUCUAUCCAGGUCCCAAUGUACGUCUAUAGCACCACAUGCCACGUACCAAUGCUUUGACUCUCUUCGCUGAGGGUUCAGUGGUUCAUGGCGUAGUAAACGAACAUUUAUUUCCAAUUUUAUAGCGUGACUGUUAAAGAUUGUUUUCAUUUUGAUGAAGGCUGAUCUUGCCUUCGAUCCUUAUCUUAAUUUCCGUCGACAAAUAUAAAAAGUUGGUAAUUUGUGAAAUCUGUUGUUGGUUAACUAAUUAAUACAAUGAACAAAGUACGACAUGAACAAUUAAUGAAUGUUCUGAAAUCAAAGAAGGUAGACUAUAAUAACCUCAGGAUUAUAUCGAAUUUAUACUAUACGUGUUAACGAACAGCUGUCAGAGAAAAUUGAAAUCAGACGUUGGGUGAGACAGAGAUGCGUGUUGUCGCCAAUCCUUUUUAAUGCAUACUCGGAAGAGAUCUUGAAAAAAGCUCAUGAGGGUGAAUCAACUGGAAUAAAGGUAAACGGAGUUCCCAUUAACAUUAGAUAUGCGGAUGAUACUGUCAUCUUGGCCGAAAGUAUUGGGGAUCUUCAGAGGCUGGUGACCAGAAUAGCGGAGUUUGGGCAAGAAUGCGGUCUAACAAUGAACGUCAAGAAAUCAGAAUUUAUAUCGAAAAUAUAGAAUACUCAAAGAAAUAACGAGAAUCUCUUCAUAAACGGAACCAAUGUCGAACGAGUAGACCAAUAUUCAUAUCUUAUAACAAUGAUCAAUUCCACAGGUGAUUACUUCCAGGAAAUCAAAAUCAGAAUAGAAAAGGCUAGAGCAAAUUUUAACAAAAUGUGCUCUGCAAGAGAGAUUUGAAGUUGGAGCUAAGAGUUAGGUUGGCUAGGUGUUACGUUUUCUUCAUUUUGUUUUAUGGAGUGGAAGCUUGGACCUUGGAUGAAGCAUAAUUGAAAAAACUAGAAUCAUUCGAGCUGUGGGUGUACAGAAUUAUUCUGAAAAUAUCGUGGACAGAACACGUCACAAACAAAGAGUUUCUGAGAAAGAUAAAAGAAAUCAGACCAUUAAAACAAGAAAAUUAGAAUAUCUCGGACAUAUUACACGUAGAGAGAGAUACAACUUGAUCCAAUUGAUUAUGCAGGGAAAGAUGCAAGGAAAGGGAAGUAUAGGGAGGCGCAGAAUAUCGUGGCUGCGCAACCUGAGAAAAUGUUACGGAUGUACAUCAAAUGAAUUUUUCAGAGCAGCCGUCUCUAAAGUCCGAAUAGCUGUAAUGAUAGUCGACUAGUUCUAUGGCGGAGAUGGCACUUGAAGAAGUUAAUUAUUAUUAGCCUAAUAAAAUAAAAAAAGUCAAAAUGUAAAUUCGUACAGGUUAAAACAAAUUUUAUAUCAAAGUUUAGGUGGGUACAAAAGAUAUUUUCAAGAAAGUAUCCAAAUCAUACAAGGGGAUCAUUGUUAAAUAAUUAAAAAGGGGUCAUUUUUGCAAAAAAAAAUACUUUUUUAACUGCUGAGGUUACUUAUUAAUGAAGGUCUAUAGGACUUUUUUCUGCAAAGUUGAAGGGUAAAUAUUUCACAUAAGACUUACUAAAUUAAAUUUGACCCCAUAUUUAUUUAAAUAAUUAUACAUUAAACUUUAAAAACAAAUUUGCAACAAAUUAUUUUUAGCGUUUUAAAUAAGCACUAUAAUAUAUCAUAUUUUACAGACUA